GACGCUCGUUCUUUAUGCACCUUUAUUCAUUCGACAAGACUAUUGUUUCUUCUAGAUUGAAACCGCCAGCUGGCACUGUGGACUUGGCCACCGUGACUUUGAUAGUUGAGAGCCUUCAAAUUGAGUCGAGGUUCUUUUAUAGGUGCACUGUACUACCAUAAGAUCAUACCAUCCUGGCCCGGACUUCGACUUCGGUCUUGCUUCACCACAAGCCCACCGUCGAAAGCCAAGUCUUACCAAACUGGACAAGCGGACAAACAUCACCUAGCCAGCCUCUUAUGCCACAGUCUCGCCAGCUGCCUCCAGUCUCUGCGGCAUUUGCGGCUAAGAAAGCCCAAGUUCUGUCCUUGCUCACACAGCCCGAGGAAGAUUACACAGAUAAAUCACCCAAAGGCACCGUCGACGCCCAGAUCCGAGAUUUGAUCGAUGAGAUCAACGCUUACGAUGGCCUCGUGACCACAAGCAGUUGUGCAGGUAGGGUUGCCGUUUUCGUUGAAGGACCAAAAGCGAAGGUUGUUGGUCAGCCACGGUCCGACGUUCAGGGCGACGAGAUUGCACAUAACAAUGAAAAAGACACCCAGCAAAAUGCCCCAGAUGAGGCAAGUAAGGACGCCGCAACCACGUCCACGACAUCGCCGGGCGGCAAGGGAGGCGGCAGAUGGCUUUAUGUCUCGCACGACCCGAUCACCUUGCCGACUCCUACAGACUGUGACCGGCUACCUAUUGGAAGCUCCAAGGGAACGAAAGGAGAGUCAUCCAGACGAUACACGAAUCUCUUCAAUCUAACCUCGCGUUCAACCCAGCCUGCCCCUGGCCACCCUGCAGAAGUCGCUUCGAGUUCCCAACUCAUCCACCUCUCCUUCUCUCCACUCAUCUUGCACAUCCACUGCGCUACCCUCCAGCACGCACGACCAUUGCUCGCCGCCGCCAUCAACGCUGGGUUUAGAGAGAGCGGCCUACAGAGUCUCCGAAUCCUGGACGAUGCGGAGCAUGGAGCAAUGGUAGCGGUGCGCACGGCCGGGUUGGCAUUUGAGACUGUCAUUGGCAUUGUCUCUCAAUCUGAAGUUUCCGCCGAUUGCCGGGAGAGCGAAGAGGAACGCGAUGUCAUGACGAGCCUCGUGAGCGAGGAGUACCUCUCCAUGUGCGUUGGCGUAGUGAACGAACGGUUUAAAUGGAAUGAUGGACGGAGGAAAAGGUUCCGAGAAGAGUUGAGGAGGGCGAUGGCAAGGGAGGGAUUGUCUAUUGCGGUGGGCGUGUCAGAAGGAGAGGGAAGGAGAGAAAAUGGGUGGGAAGCUAAAGAUGAGCGGAGAAGAAGGAAGAGGAUGGAAGGGUUAUCUAGGCAGAGGGAGAAGACUCUCACUUUGCACGCCGGCGAGGAAGGAGUGGGACAGAGACGCAAUGAUGGCCUUGACGAAGGCUUGGGAGCACUAGGGAUCGAGUGAGCUCCUGUUCGGUAAUACGACAGCAAGGAUGGUAACAUCAGUCUGUCUUACUCUGAACGACUGUAUCAUGGAGAAGGAUGCGGCGAUACUCUCGGCCUCAACUCCGGAAUAUUUGAGAGUGCGCGAGCGAUGAUACCAAGCGAUGGUAGGGGUGAGACGGACACGCUUUCACGUCCGAGGGUGAGUUAGACCUCGAGACGACAACGGCCAAACGAAGUAAUCAGCAACGAAUUGAGAUUUUGUGGACAACUAG